AGUGAAAUCAAAGCAUCGAACUAUGGGUGAUCCCCAGUUUGAAGAAUGGCUAGAACUCGGCCAAGACUACAAAAAACUAGACGAAGUCAACGCACAGUACUUGAGAAAGUUGACAGAAAUAUCAAACCUUCAAGAGUCAUGCCUGAAGCAUAUAGCUCAUCAAAGAUACCGGAUGAGAGUGAUUGCAAAUGGUCUAAAGAAGCGAGAAUCAAAUGACAAAGUGAUUGGAAUGAAAGAAGGUAUGCUGAAAAGAGAAGCCGAAUUGCAAGAGAUUGAAAAGUCCCUGCCUAGAAAAGGAGAGCCAUACUUGAAGCUAGUACUAGGAAGGUUAGACGUUUCCUUCCUCAACAAAGACGACAAGUUCAAAUACAAAGAUGAAUACGAGAAGUUCAAGCUAGUGAACAACAUAGCAGCUUUCAUAAUAUCCCUCUUCUUGCUGUAUAUCGAUUCCAGGGUUUUGGAGCAACUCUAUAUAGGUUUAUUAAUAUGGUACUACUGCACUGUUUCGAUUAGGGAGAGUGUACUGAGAGUAAACGGGUCAAGAAUCAGAGGUUGGUGGAGAAUACACCACAUUCUAUCAACAAUUAGUUCCGGGAUAUUAUUAGUAUGGUCUGACGACGAAACUUGGAUGAACUUCAGGUACCAGUUCAUUUACUACAGCCUCUACAGCUGCUUCAUACAGUACUUGCAGUUCAAGUACCAACAAGGGACCUUGUAUCGACUGAAAGCGCUAGGAGAUGCACAAAACAUGGAUGUCACCAUAGAAGGUUUCCAAUCCUGGAUGUGGAGGGAACUGUCGAUCCUGCUACCCUUUCUUUUCAUCGGGUAUGUCUUCCAAUUGGCCAAUGCUUUCGUCUUGUUCCGAUUGAGUUAUCAUCCGAGGGCGACAUGGAAGGUACUGGCUACUGCCAUUUUGUUUUUUGUGCUUUUCGUCGGGAACACUGUAACUGCGAUUAGGGUAGUGCCCAGCAAGACGAAGCAGGAGAUGAUGUUGAAGUACAGAGUGAUGACACAGAGAAUUUACAAUGCAGUCAGAACCAGUGAUACAGAUAAAAAAGGACGUUAAAUGUAUUGUGUUCUGAUUAUGAUUACUUGUUAUUCAAGUUGUAGGUAGUUUAGUUCAGCCGUUUUGUAUGAAAUUCGUUGUAGGCCAGAGAUCUGCUAAAGUGAUUCUCGUGAUAAUUCUUCUCAAUAUCUAUGUAACUAUUUUUACAUUCCUGUUACUGAUGAUGAAAUAUUGAAACAGGUACUAUUUUUGUUAUUUCUGCAUGAAUAUAAUACCGUUCCAUUGACUGAAUUGAUGAGAGAAUAAGAAACUAUCUUGAU